AUGGCCCGUUUGAUCGAAUAUGCUUCUGAUGUGACGCAUAGGCCUACAACGAAAGAGUUAGCUACACGCUUGAGUCGCAUUGAGCACCAGCUCGGUCUCCUUCUAUCUUCCAUGGCAUCCACAAAUACUGUGUCAGGACAAGAUAGUGAACCGUCCACUGGUAACCGCGAUACUUCAAAUAUACAAACCACGAAGGCGCAGUUACCAACUUUCGCUGGCGAAACAUCGAUCAGCCACAUUUUGACACAAAUUGAAGGAUAUCUCGGACACCGAGAAUACCCCUCUCUACGGCGGGAUUCAACAUCGUCACUUGCGUCGCUCCCUAUGUCUCCUACAGAACAUGCAAAAUAUCAGCGUGGGAUUACUGAUUCCCGAAACGUCCUGACAAGGAAUGGCAUCAAGCCCGACAGAGCACAGUGGGAUGCGUUCAUGAAAACCUUUUGUGACGAAUCGCAUAUAUUGUAUCCGUUUCUUCAUAUUGCGAGCUUGUGGAACAAUUAUGACAACAUGUGGCAGUCAAAUUUCGCUACGGAAAGUCGGUCAUCUGGACAGAAUGACCAUCAGGUCGCGUAUCUUUUCAGACUGGAUGCGAAUGAAAGAGCCGAGAAAUUUCUGGCUUUAACGGUUUCCCAUGCUCAUCAUCUGGGGUUCCAUCGAUCCAAAGUGGUUUUGCAAAUGUCCGCCUUCAACGACGAAAUGGUUCGACGACUGUGGUGGUGUCUACACGCGAUGGACAGACGCAUGUCCAUUGAAACAGGACACCCAUUCAUUAUUCAAGACGUCAACGUUGACACUCCCCAGCCACGAGACCUGAGUGACGACUGGCUCACCCGCUACAAAAACGAUCCAAGAACUAGUGCUGAACUGGAUAGUGAGAUCCAUUCAGAGCUGUCUAAUAAUGAGUGUAUCACUCCGAUCCCCUACCUUAUUGCCACCAUUCGCUACUCGCGUGUCCUCGGCAAGAUAUGGGAAACCAUAUAUGGCGCCAACGUGACGGACACGUCUCCGACCCCUACGUUGCUCCAGUAUCUAGAACAUCUCGUUCAUGGUGCCCAGAAGGAAAUCAGCCCCGAUUUUUCUACCAAUCAACUGGGUGGAUCAGCCAACACACUUCCCAAUGAUUGUCCGUGGUGGCGAACAAAGCAACAGAUGCUAAUGAGAAUUGUACCGCUGGCUCUCCCUACGACUCCUGAUCCGUAA